UGGGGAGUUGACACUCUGCCAGUGGACCAGAGAGAGAGACAGAGAGAGAGGGAGAGAGGGAGAGAAAGAGACAGAAAGAGAAAAAACAAUAGUGAAAGAGAGACGGAGGAACAGAGAGACAGCGAGAGAUAAAGACAGAUAGACAGACGGCAGGAGAGAGAAAGACAGAGUUGUGGGGUGAGUGAUUGUGGGGUGUUUGGUGCGCUGCACGUGGGAUUUCACGCAGGGCCGUUCGUGUGCCUGGAUCAGUAGCCACCUGGAGCUUCACUCAGCCGACACAGAGGGACUUCCUUCCCUUUUCUCCUCUCAGCUCCAAGAAGAAAGAAAAACUAACAUUUAAAAUAGUUUUUUAAAGAGCCUAAAUCUUGUAUUUUUUGGGGUUUUUUUCAUUUGUGGAUUUUUCGUUCCCCCGUAAAGAUGGGACUUGGCCCAAACCUCCUGCCUCUGGGUCUGCUGCUCCUCCUGCCUGGAAAAAUCGCAUUAACUCCAUGUACAGUUGGCUGGGAAACGCAUGGCGACAAUUGCACUGACGUGAAUGAAUGCAUUGACCCUGUCUGUGGCAAGGACGCCAGAUGCUUCAACACCAUAGGCAGCUACUUCUGUAAGUGUCAUCCCGGCUUCCACGUCCAUUCAAACUCCACGACGUACACUGGCGUGGAAGGAGCAUGUCAUGAUAUAAACGAGUGCUUAGAGAGGCCUGGUAUCUGCGGGGCUAAGGCCUCCUGCCAGAACAUCGUUGGCUCCUACAACUGCACCUGCUCUGAGGGAUACAUCUCCAGCACUGGGGAGAGAGUUUUUCAACCAGCCAAUGGAGUCACCUGCACAGACGAGGAUGAGUGUGGGAGAGCUCGUCCGGUCUGCGGCAGGAACGGAACCUGCACAAACUCACCUGGUGGAUACACCUGCACCUGUGAGGCUGGCUUUAGUAACCAUGGGGACAGCCACGCACCUUGCUCAGAUGUAGACGAAUGCUUGACUGAUGCCACACUCUGUGGAGAAAGGGGGUCAUGUGGCAACAUCGAGGGCAGCUACACCUGCACGUGCAGCCAUGGUUACAGUAACUACGGCUACGCCCAGGGAAGAUGCGUAGAGCUGAAUUGUGACAUGUAUCAAGCCACAGUUGCACCUGAACAGGGUUUUACAGGUCUGAAGUAUAUUGUGUCUCUAAUGAGAAACAGCUGUUUGGAGCUGGAAGCUGGUGGAUCAGCGCAGCUGAAUGGAGAGACGCUAUUAGAGAAACUCUUCACUAAGACAGAUGACAUCAUGUCGGACGGGCCACCAAAGAGCAACCAUGAUGUGAGUGCCCUGCUGCUCUCCAUGGAGACCGCCAUGAGGCUGAUCGGCCCUCAAAUGAGACAGCCCAACACCACGAUAGAGACUAAACUCACAGAGGCGGAGCUGCGGGUGUGGAGAGGCAGAACUCCGCCACAGGGGCUCACCAGCGUUGCCACCGAACACGCAAGACUGGACAUCCACUGGGAGAGCGCUACGGGGAACGGCUCAUACCCAGGUUUUUCUAUGGUCUCCCUGGUGAGCUAUAAGGGCUUAGAGGCCGUCACCAACCACUCCUUCCCCAAGUCUGAUGAUGCGCACAAGGGUCACCACUUCCAGAUCAACUCCAAGGUGGUGACCGCUAUUGUCAGCAACCCGGCAACAGAACACCUGGACAAACCCGUCACCUUCACCUUCUCCCACCUGCAGUCCCGAGACAUGAAUCACACAUGCGUGUUCUGGGACACGCGGAGCGGGAAGGAGAUGUGGUCCACGCAGGGCUGCAGGAGGGUGAAGUCGAGUGCCACACACACCACGUGCUCCUGCACCCACCUGAGCAGCUUCGCCGUUCUGAUGUCCCUUUAUGACAUGAAGGACACGUUCCAGCUGCAGCUGAUCACGUGGGUGGGGCUGUCGCUGUCUCUGGUGUGUCUGCUGCUCUGCAUCGCCACCUUCUGCUUCUGCCGGUCCAUCCAGGGCACCCGCAACACCAUCCACCUGCACCUGUGCAUCUGCCUCUUCAUCGCCGACCUCAUCUUCCUCGCCGGCAUCUCCCGCACCGAGAACAGGGUGGGCUGUGGUAUUGUGGCGGGGCUCCUGCAUUACUUCUUCCUGGCGGCGUUCUGCUGGAUGUUCCUGGAGGGAGUGCAGCUGUACCGCAUGGUGGUGCUGGUGUUCAACACCACACUCCGGCCCCUCAUCAUGGUCGCCGUCGGAUACGGCGUUCCCGCGGUGAUCGUCACCAUCUCCGCCUUGGCCAACGCGCAUGGAUACGGCACGGACCGGCACUGCUGGCUGAACCUGGAGAAUGGUUUCAUCUGGAGCUUCUUCGGUCCCGUCUGCAUCAUCAUCAUCACCAACGCCUUCUUCUUCAUCAUCACCGUGUGGAAGCUGGCACAGAAGUUCUCCAGCCUCAACCCGGACAUGACCAAUCUGCGCAAGAUCAAGGCGUUCACGGUCACUGCCAUCGCCCAGCUGUGCGUGCUGGGAUCCAUGUGGAUUUUUGGCUGCUUCCAGUUCGAGGGCAGCUCGCUGGUCGCCUCUUACCUGUUCACCAUCUUCAACAGCCUACAGGGGGCGCUGGUCUUCAUCAUGCACUGCCUCCUCUCCAAGCAGGUGAGGGAGGAGUACGCCAGGUUCCUGUCCUGUAUCUGCACUGAUCUGGCUGAGAAGAAGAAGUACUCAGAGUUCAGCAGCAGCCACCCAUCCAGCAGCUCCCAGGAAUCCAGAUCACUGGGGAGUGGUCAGAACACUGGGGAGUCACAGAUCUGAGGAGGACCACUGCUGUCCCAUGAUGCCUUCUGCCCUUGUGUGACCCUGGCAUGACCCCUGGCAUGUUGAUUAAGCUUCCUGCACUUUAACUGUACCUUGAACACAAGCAACCAAAUCUAACCAGACCUGUACUUUCAAGGGGAAUUCCACCCUGGGUUCUUCUAUUCACCAUAGAAGAGCAGAUUAAAACUGAUUAAAAUGAGCUCUACAGCCUACCUGUAGUGAGUGCAGAGAUGUACCCCCAAGUCACGCAAAGAAUGUGUGUAGCGUGUAAAUUAUACGGACAGGCGUAUACAAUUUUCCACUUCUGCUGAAUACAAACAGUGUUUACUACUUGGCUGUUAUUACUUGGUCUGGAAGCUGUUCUAGCCCUAACCCUAACCCUAACUCACUUGCAAUGGUUUAAUGUCAAAGAAGCAAGGAAUUUAUUUUUACCAGAUACUGUAAGAUGAGGGUGUCUGAAAACAAUGGUUGAUGGAAUUCAGUAAUUAUAUAACAUUUUGAGCAACAUCGUUGAGCAAAAUGGAGAGGUUGAAGUAAAAAUUUUAAUAUAGUUAUUAAUAUAUAAUUUUAUAUAGAGAGCUUAAUAUAUAUUAUGUGUGUCUAGAGCAGGGGUUCCCAAACAGUAGAUUGUGGGGUCACCUGAAAUAAAAAAGAAAAAGAAAAAGAAUAUGUGAAUGUAGGCUACUACAUGUUGAAUAUCACAGCAAGCCAACUAUAAUAAAGCUACAAGGCAGGGAGGUGGUACAUGGUGCCAUGUAAUUUUGUGGGGUAUAGGGAUCAAGUACAUUUGUGAACAUUCAAUUGGUGUCACAUCAGAAAAAAGUUUGGGAACCCCUGCCUAGAGACUAGCUGUUCUGUUUCUGGGUUUUUUGCGUGCGUGUGGGUGUGUGUGUGUGUGUGUCUGUGAAUGUGUGUGUGUACAGGUAUGUGUGUGUGUGUGUGUGUGUGUGAGCAUCAAUGUACGUGUUGUGGGGACAUGUUCUGAUGGAAAGGUACUUGAUCUAUAACUCAAAAAACAACUCUCCUCUGAUACGCGGUAGGUGUGAAGCUUAAAAAGUAUGUAUGUACGUUUGUAUACAAGUACAGCGCAGUCCAUAAGUAUGGGCAGUGGUACAAUUUCUGUUCCUUUGGCUCUGUGCUCCAGCACAUUGGAUUUGAAAUGCAACAGUGAAUAUGAGGCUAAGGUGCCGACUGUCACCUUUGAUUUCAGGUAUUUACAUUCAUAUCGGGUGAUCUGCGUAGCAAGUGGGCAAAUAGGGGCGGCCUGUAGCGUAGCGGUUAAGGUAAAGGACUGGGUACACGCAAGGUCGGCGGUUCUAAUCCCGGUGUAGCCACAGCAAGAUCCGUACAGUCGUUGGGCCCUUGAGCAAGGCCCUUAACCCUGCACUGCUCCAGGGGAGGAUUGUCUCCUGCUUAGUCUAAUCAACUGUAUGUCGCUCUGGUAUGAGCGUCUGCCAAAUGCCAAUAAUGUAAUGUAAAAAUUGACUGGUGAACCAAGGAAGACCUCUACAGCUGAUGAUGAAAUAAUUCAGGCCAUAAUGAAUUAAGACCUGUCUGAGGAGGCAGAUGUGGAUGUGUCAGUGACUACUCACCAGCACUCUGGAUUUGUUUAAUUUAUAAUCCAAUGCUCUGGUGUACAGAGCUAAAAGGACAGAAAUUUAUACCACUGCCCAGUUCCUCAUGAACUGCACAGCGUGUAUGCAUUUUAUGUUUCUAUAUUUGAGUUUUUUGAACAUAUAAUAUAUGUCAUAUUUUUGUAAAAUGCUCAAAUCUGAUCAGCAUUAGGCUCGGUCCAGUUGAUGUGAAAGCUGGUCCACUCCAAAAGAACCGGGCCGGUCCUGGGUCCCGCUUGCUAUCAGUCUGGACUGGAGUGGAGGAUGUACGGAAACCAGCAUUUCAAUGCACUUUCACCACAGGCUUAGGGUGAAGCCACACAUCCUCAGCCAAUUUCUCAGCCAAUGACAUCACCUUUCAUUUUCAAUGAGAGCCGGUUCCUUUCACGUCCGCAAGGCAUGUUGGGAUAGCUGGCGACGUGAGGUAAAGCCGGGAAAGUGACGGGGAACUUGAGGCGAUAACCAAUCACAUUAAAGAUCUCACCAUAACCAACCACAAUAAAGAUCCCACCAUAACCAACCACAAUACAGAUGCCACGAUAAACAACCACAAUAAAGUUCUCACCAUAACCAAUGAUUAACAUUAAUGAUCUCACCAUAAACUACUAUCCCACGAUAACCGACCACAUUAGAGAUUCCAUGAUAACCAAUCCAAGAUCCCACAUGUAAAUUGUCCCCCAUUUUCAUAUUUUAUAAAGCCCACAAGCCCCCGGCUGUGUGAGGCGAGAGUGUUGUCAGGUGAGGUUGUUGGUUCUUGUAUGGCUUCACCCUGAAACAUAUUUUAUGUUUUGAGGAACGAUACAUCGUCAGUUAUGUGAAAAGUUAGAUUCUUUCCAAUAGAUGCAGACCUGCAUUAUAAUUAGUUAAUUUAUCCUCAAAUGUAUGAAAUGCGUUCACUGUCAAAUGAUUGAAUCAUGACAUGAUCUGCUUAUUGAACAAUUUGACUGUAGUAUGAUCUGAUUGCUUGAUUAUUUGUUUGUAAAAAUAUUUCAUAUAAAUAUUUGCACAGCCAUGUCAGUAUCCUUAAGAAAUGUACAAAUUAUUGUGGCCUGAUCCAAAAAGAAGAUAUUUUUUGUUCAUAUUCUGUUUAUUACAUUUUAUUUUAAUAUUUUUUUACAGUUUGUAUUUUAUAAGCUUUGCAUAAAGUCUUUGCACAAAA